AUGAUGUCGUAUCUAAAGCAACCACCUUACACAGUCAAUGGACUGAGUCUAACUACAUCCGGAAUGGACCUUCUGCAUCCAUCCGUGGGCUACCCAGGUAAGCAUAUCUACUGUUACGCAGCCACACCGCGUAAGCAAAGAAGAGAGCGGACCACUUUCACCCGAGCUCAGCUAGAUGUUUUGGAGGCCCUAUUUGGUAAAACUCGUUACCCUGAUAUAUUCAUGCGGGAGGAGGUGGCCUUGAAGAUAAACCUGCCCGAGUCCCGUGUACAGGUCUGGUUUAAGAACCGGAGGGCAAAGUGUCGUCAGCAGCAACAGCAGCAGCAGAACGGGGGCCAGAACAAGGUUCGGCCAGCCAAGAAGAAGAGUUCUCCAGCCAGAGAAGCAAGUUCAGAGAGUGGGGCGAGCGGCCAGUUCACACCCCCUUCCAGUACCUCAGUUCCCGCAAUCUCAACUAGCAGUGCGCCGGUGUCGAUUUGGAGUCCCGCCUCUAUUUCUCCACUUUCAGAUCCUCUAUCUACCUCCUCCUCCUGCAUGCAAAGAUCGUAUCCGAUGACUUACACUCAGGCAUCAGGAUAUAGUCAAGGCUACGCCGGAUCUACUUCUUACUUCGGUGGGAUGGACUGUGGGUCUUAUCUUACUCCCAUGCACCAUCAGCUACCCGGGCCCGGCUCUACUCUCAGUCCCAUGAGCACCAACGCGGUCACGGGUCACCUCAACCAGCCCUCAGCUUCCCUCUCUGCCCAAGGGUACGGAGCUUCGGGACUGGGAUUCAACUCUACCACCGAUUGUUUGGAUUAUAAGGACCAAGCCGCAUCCUGGAAGCUGAACUUCAAUGCUGAUUGCUUGGAUUAUAAAGAUCAGACCUCGUCGUGGAAAUUCCAGGUUUUGUGA